GCUCGAUCGCCUCUUUAUCUUAUUGGACACUGGCACAACACCCGUAACAAGGAAAGCAGCUGCCCAGCAACUCGGGGAAGUGGUCAAGCUUCAUCCACAUGAAUUGAAUAAUCUCCUGGCUAAGGUAUUGGUACACUUAAGGAGUACAAACUGGGAUUCCCGCAUUGCAGCUGGACAAGCUGUGGAAGCCAUAGUAAAAAAUAUACCGGAAUGGAAUCCGACCCCACAACCAAAGCAAGAACGUGGCUGUGAAAAUCAGGCGGAAGACGCCGCUACUUCUGAUCGGUUGCGCUUUGACAAAUUUGAUAUUUGUCGACUUUUAAAGCACGGCGCUUCUCUUCUUGGAUCUGCUGGCGCUGAAUUUGAAGUUCAGGAUGAUACAUCUGGUGAAGUGGAUCCUAAAGAAAGAAUAGCCCGACAGAGGAAAUUGCUUCAAAAGAAACUUGGCCUCGAUAUGGGAGAUGCGAUUGGAAUGAAUACAGAAGAUUUGUUCAAUGAUGAGGAUUUGGACUACACACCUGCUUCAUCAGUUCUGGUACAGAAACAACCUCAAUGACAGCACUGAUGGUGAACCAGAAGAAAAAAGAAGAAAAAUUGGAAAUGUUAUCAUCAGUCAACCUGCAACUGACUCCAAACUUUUAGUUGAUAAUGUUCCAGAAGAGAGCAAUGAAUGGCCUUUGGAAAGUUUUUGUGAAGAAGUGUGUAACGAUCUCUUUGAUCCAUCCUGGGAGAUGAUUCAACAACACCAAGAUUGGCUGGAAGAUCUGGCUAUCAGGCUUCUUUGUGUAUUUGCUUUAGACAGAUUUGGUGAUUUUGUUUCAGAUGAAGUAGUGGCACCUGUGCGAGAAACUUGUGCUCAAACUUUGGGAGUUGUGCUGAAACACAUGAAUGAGAGUGGAGUCCAUAAAACUGUUGCUAUCCUGCUAAAAUUACUUACACAGGAGCAGUGGGAAGUCAGGCAUGGAGGCCUUCUAGGGAUAAAGUACGCUUUAGCCGUUCGUCAGGUAACUAUUAAAGUUUCUUCAAACUUUUGUUGCUUUGCCCCUGUCUCGAAUGGUAUGACUGUUGUGUGUUUUAAAUUAUGCAUUGUUUUGUGUCGUUUUUUUUACUUUUUUAAAAUUAAGGUUACUACUGUUUUCAAUGAAGCUACUUCAUCUCCAAACCUGAACCCCCAAGUUUUACAGCAAUUAGAUAGCAAGCGGCAGCAAGUUCAAAUGACAGUCACAGAAACGAACCUGGAAUGGCAAACGCUACAGCUGAGAGUGCACACAUUCACUGCUUGCGCUGUGGUCAAUUUGGAGCAGCUUCCAGAAAAAAUAAACCCGGUGAUAAAGCCUUUGAUGGAGGCUGUGAAGAAAGAAGAAAACACGCUGGUACAAAAUUACUCAGCUCUAUGCAUAGCGAAACUGCUUCAGCAAUGCAUCGCAAGAUCUCCCUGCCCCAAUUCGAAAAUCAUUAAAAACCUCUGCACCUCGCUGUGCGUGGAUCCGCACCUGACUCCUUUAGCGUCGUGUCCUGCACAGCCACAGAGCAGCCAUGAAAACUCAAAAGUUUGUUUGUUUUUUCCCCAGUUAAUACAGCACUUGCCUUAUCUUUGUAUGUGCCUUCAACACCCCAGCACUGCAGUGAGGCACAUGGCUGCCCGUUGUGUGGGUGUAAUGAGCAAAAUAGCUACCGUGGAAACCAUUCAUAUUUUUCUAGAAAAGGUUCUUCCUUGGCUGGGAGCGAUAGAUGAUAGUACCAAGCAAGAAGGCGCAAUUGAAGCUCUCGGCGGUAUCCUUGCUAAAUUCUUUUUGUGGUCUGCCUCUGAAAAGUCAGGAGGGAAGCUGCGUCCAAGUCAACCCCAGACCAAAGAAGUGGUCCAAGAAUAUAUAGCCGGUGCCGAAAGCGUCACUGAAGAUCCAGCAACCAGAGAUUUUGUUGUUAUGAGAGCUCGAAUGAUGGCCGCAAAGUUGCUUGGGGGCCUCUGCUGCUGCAUUUGCGAUCCCAGCGUGAAUGCUGCUUCCCAAGAAAUCAAGCCAGCAGAAUCACUUGCCCAACUCUUGCUUUUCCACCUGAAUUCCAAGUCGGCUUUGCAGAGGUUUAGCGUUGCAUUAGUAAUCUGUGAGUGGGCUGCCUUGCAGAAGGUUCAGCUUUAUGAAGAUUUUGCAAAGUCUCGUGCCAAAUGUGAUGUCGAUGAAACAGUUUCAUCAGCUUCGCUCUCCGAAGAGACUGAAAAGCCAAAGCUUAAAGCUACAGGACACGUAUUUCAGGCAUUGCAGUAUUUAAGGAAAUUGUGCAAUCACCCAGCACUAGUUUUAACUGCUCAUCACCCAGAACAUAAAAGGAUCACGGAGAAGCUUGCAGCGGAGAAUUCUUCUCUCCGGGACAUCCAGCAUGCGCCUAAACUCUCUGCUUUAAAACAGCUAUUACUCGACUGUGGCUUAGGAAAUGGCGGCUCUUCAGAGAGCGGCACCGAAACGAUAGUUGCCCAACACCGAAUUCUCAUCUUCUGCCAACUGAAGAGCAUGCUGGACAUAGUAGAACAUGACCUUCUGAAGCCUCACUUGCCCUCUGUGACCUACCUGCGGUUAGAUGGCAGCAUACCGGCUGGUCAGAGACACUCAAUCGUCUCACGAUUUUCAUGUUGUUGCCACACCGAGAACAUAGGCACAGAUUUUAACACGUGUUUUCUUUUUUUCCUCCACGUUGUUCCUCCAAAUCUUUUUAAGGAUGGAAAAACUGAAAAAUCAGAUGGUGCCACUUCUGGUUCUGGGAAAACCACCAUGAAGUCAGUCCUUGAAAAUCUUGGAGAACUCUGGGAUCAAGAACAGUAUGAUUCAGAAUAUAGCCUGGAAAAGUUUAUGCACUCACUCAAAUAACCAUCCUUAUGGUUUUUUUUGGUUUUUUCAGCUGAUAUUCAGCAUAUUUCAAAACAUUUAUAGUGGACUUUCCCGCAUCACAUGGAAGAAAAAAAAAACGAAGACUGAUGUUCUGCAUAAAGCCAACAUAUUCUGUUGGGAUAGUUAAGUCUUAAAUACUUACAUCGUUAAAAUUCUAAAUUGCAAUUUAGCUUUCCAGAAUAAUUAUAAAUUCUUAUAGUUUUGCAUAUGUUGCUAAGUAUUACACCUUCAUUCAAAAUAGGUUCGCCAUUUCCCCUUUUCCUGAACCUUUCAAAUUUUCUGCAGUUUGUUUUUGAGUAUUUUGUUACUUUAAACGUGGCUUAUUUUAAUGGUACACUGUAGGAAUGUUCGGUUUAGCUAUUCUGAAUAAUUCGUUCACUUCAGGUUGCGCAUUGACAUAAUAACAGCAAAGCGUACUGGAAGACACUGAGGAUUUAAUUGAGCUUUGCAAAAGCCUACAGUUUCCCACCUUUAUAUAUUUAAGUAUGUGGUGCUCUUCGGUCUUCUGACAUUUUGAGAGCAGUUGACUUUUUAAUAAAAUGACCGAAAAUGGCUAACAGGCCAUUUCUACAUCCUGUUUAGAGGGUGCUAUUUUUAUUAGUGUUUGUGGGUGUAUAUAAUGGCAAGAGCCUAGUCAGCUCAGAGAUCUAAAGUAUGCAGUAGGUUUCGAUGUUAUAUUUUUUUGUAAGAGAGCAAAUAUAUAAAAUAGAGCUUUUCCAGCAGUAAUUCUUAUAAAAUAAAGAAUCCACGCUGGAAAAAUAACCCAAAUGCACUAGCGCACGAUCCUCUUAAAUAAAAAAGGGCAAGGUUUUAUUUAGGGAUAUAGCUUAAAAAAACACCCCUUAGAAAUAACCUGCAUCCAAGGGAAUAAAAUGUUGAACUGAAAUCAUGUAAUAAUACAGAUUUAAACAGGCUGUAAUAAAGGAGAGUAAAAAUAACUGUUGUACAUUUUUUUUUAAAAAAAACGUAUUCUUAAAGGGAGUCAGUGGUGACAUGUCUUAUGUAUAGAUGUCUGUACCAAAUGCAUACACCGUUUUCUAAAUAUUUUAAGACAAACCUACAUAAACACUUUAAUAAAUAAGUAUAUGUAUAGAUGUCAUAUCUAAGGUUUGAGCAUGCGUGCACUUCGGCUUCAGAGCUUGAAGAGCUGCGAGGCCUUUGAAAUGUUUAAGUCGUUGUUUUUAAACAUUUCAAGAGGAAAAAGCAACAAUAAAAAGGCUUCUGGAGCAAUAUUGUUUUUCAGCACUCAAGAUAUGAAUGAUGAACCUGUGUCAUAUUUCAGCAGAUAUACAAACUGCCAUACUGUAACAUUAAACUAGCAUUCCUUGGCAAAAAGAAAAUAAAAAGGCAAAUUGGCAUUAAUUGAUCUUUUA